UCUCUCUCUCUCUACCAGUCUCGCUCCCUCUCUCCGUAGCACAGUGCCGACAGCCAAAGGCUUGCACCGUCUCGCCGUCGACGAUGGAGUCGCCUCCGAAACCCUGCGCCUCCCGGAACCCCCUCCUCUCCCUCUCCGCCUUCCUCCACCAGCACUGCCUCCGCCUCGGCUCCGAGCUCUCCUCCCGCCUCGACGAGACCAAGCGCCUCGCCGUAACCCUAGCCGCCAGCUUCCCGCCGCCGCCGCCCCCGCCGCCGUCGCCGCCGCCGGCCCCACGGCGCCUCCUCCGCGCCCUCCCCGCUCCGCCGCCGCCGUUCGCGUCCGUCGCGCAGGCCAAGGCCGCCUCGUCACCGGCCUCCGGCGUCGCGAGGACCCUCGCCGGCACGGCCGUGUAUACCGUCAGCAACUCGAACAACGAGUUCGUGCUUGUCUCUGAUCCGGAUGGAACCAAAUCGAUAGGACUCCUUUGCUUUCGGCAGGAGGAUGCGGAAUCAUUUCUUGCUCAAGUUCGGUUGCGGAGAAGAGAACUCAAAGGUCAGGCUCGGGUUGUUCCCAUCACUCUUGACCAGGUAUACAUGCUAAAGGUGGAAGGAAUUGCUUUCCGGUUUUUGCCUGAUCCAGUGCAAAUAAAGAAUGCAUUAGAGAUGAAAGCAAUGAAAAAUGGGUUUGACGGAGUCCCAGUUUUCCAGUCUGAUCUUUUGGUUGUCAAGAAAAAGAACAGACGUUUCUGCCCAAUAUAUUUCCGGAAGGAAGAUAUUGAAAAGGAAUUGUCAAUGGUCUCCAGGGCAUCAAGAGGAGCAGGUUUAUCUCAGCAUAUCAUGGUUGGAAGUCUAGAAGAUGUUCUCAGAAAAAUGGAGAUGAGUGAGAAGAAUUCAGGAUGGGAAGAUCUGAUAUUUAUUCCCCCAGGAAAAAGCCAUUCUCAACACAUCCAAGAAGUGGUGAAAUCAUAGUGAUUAUGUGCAUUCCUUCUACUGACCAUUUUAGGGAUCUGGAAGCAGACAUUCUUUUGGUGUUCCCAGACUCCUUAUUGAGUAGAUGGGACUGGACUCCACCGAGGCUAAAUGGCGCAGGAAAUCGUCGCUUGGAGAAUGAUCAAAGAGCAGUAUAGGUUAAAUGUGAACUGCCGAAAAAUGUCAGAAACAUGUGGGGGUACUGUAAAAUGGAACUUGUGCAAUGCCUGUGUACAAUUUGUUGGAGGUUUUCUGCCCACCCCUUUAUGAUCUCUAUAGCGGUGUUUUCUACA